AUGUCUCGUCCUAUUGUCAUCUCAGGCCCAUCUGGUACCGGAAAGUCCACCUUGUUGAAGAAGCUCUUUGCUGAGUACCCAGACAAGUUUGGUUUCUCUAUUUCCAACACCACUAGACAACCAAGAGCUGGUGAAGUUGAUGGAAAGGAUUAUCACUUCACUACUGUUGAAGAUUUCAAGAAGGCUAUCGAAGAAAAGAAGUUUAUUGAAUGGGCCCAAUUCUCAGGUAACUACUACGGUACUUCCGUCAAGUCUGUUGAAGACGUUGCUCAUACCGGUAAGGUUUGUCUCUUGGAUAUUGAUAUGCAAGGGGUCAAAUCAGUCAAAAACACAAACUUGAACGCUAGAUACUUGUUUUUGAGUCCUCCAUCCAUCGAAGCUUUGAGAGAAAGAUUAAGUGGUAGAGGUACUGAAACCCCUGAAUCUCUUGAAAAGAGAAUCAAUGCUGCUAGCGCUGAAAUGGAGUAUGCUAAGACUGGUGCUCACGACAGAAUCAUUGUUAAUGAUGAUUUGGAAAAGGCAUACGUUGAAUUCAAGGAAUUUAUCUUGGAAAACUAG